UGACAUUGACGUUGACAUGUUAGCUUGGCUGACGUUAGAGAUCAGCAUUUCCAUCAUUUUCAUUAGAAAAUUGUAAUAAAUUUUGUCUUUUGCCGAGUAUGUAUCGAGAUGAAUAUAUUUUUAUUCGUUUAAGCUUGCUUUAUUGAACAACAAACAACUUGGAAGGGUUUUAAAAUAAAGUAAUUGAUAAAAACAAUGAUGGAUGUCGAGGAGUGUAUAAAAGAGUGGGAAGAUUUAGUCGUCGAUUACAAACGUUUAGAGACUAUAAACAAAGAUUAUGGAGCAAAGUUAGAAGAAGUUGGGGAAUUGCAAGCAUCAUGCUUGAAGGAACUAAAUCACCAAAGAUACCGCAUGUCAAUAAUAACUGGCGCAUUGAAAAGGAUGGAAAAGAAAGGUGUAACGAAAGAUGAACGCCUGGCGAACUUAGAAAAGGAAGUUAUGAAGAGGAAAGCCAUGCUGCACGAAAUUGAAGCGACGCUCCCAAAACAGAACGGUCUCUACCUGAGAAUCAUACUCGGCAAUGUCAACGUGUCAAUUCUGAACAAAAACGACAAAUUCAAGUAUAAGGAUGAAUAUGAAAAAUUUAAAUUAAUCCUCAGCGCGAUCGCAUUUGUCCUCGCUGUUGCCAACUUGUUAAUAGACUUUAGGCCGUUACAAUUGAUACUGAUAUUCCUGCUAGUCUGGUACUACUGCACGCUAACGAUCCGUGAGAGCAUUCUCAAGGUUAACGGCUCACGGAUCAAGGGCUGGUGGCGAUUACAUCACUUCAUCUCCACAGUGGUCGCGGGGAUUCUACUAAUUUGGCCGCAGAAUGAACCCUGGAACGAAUUCCGGCAUACAUUCAUGUGGUUUAUUGCUUAUAUCAGUGUGGUGCAAUACAUGCAGUUCAGAUACCAAAGUGGCGUCCUAUACAGGCUUAAAGCCUUAGGCGCCAGACAUAACAUGGACAUCACGAUUGAAGGCUUCCACUCUUGGAUGUGGCGAGGGCUGUCCUACUUACUACCGUUCCUUUUCGGAGGCUAUGUAUUCCAGCUUUACAUUGCCUAUACGCUGUACAAUAUUAGCGACCAUCCAGAAGCUUCUUGGCAGGUGGCGGCGUUAAGUUUUUCGUUCCUGCUAAUCGGCAUCGGCAACACGGCCACUACGCUCAUUGUGAUACCCCAGAAACUCAACGAACAGGUAUCUUACCUGGCGGUUUUGUUUCUUAUUUUGCACUGCUGCAACACGUACACUAUACUUCGGACGUUGCGCAAGAAAAUGCAGGGCGAACGGAAACUGAUCUACAAAUUGCGAGCGAUUGCGCACCGUCUCGCCAUCUUGGAUCAAAAAUGGAGGCAGAAUAAAGUUGAAGCUAAGACUUCGUAAGGAUGGUGGUGUUUACCAGCGUAAGACUAUUUGACAACUAAGCUAUAAAUUAAUCUUUUAAUCUGAUCAUUCAGUAAAGAACUAUUUAUAUUUUCGUAUAACAGUAUUUGGAUUAUCUAUGUUUAAUGUAAUGUUAUUUAACGAUGUAAAUAUAGGUGGUUGAUAACAUUAAAAAUAAUUACAACUUCAA